UGGGCGGAGCCAGGUGGGGCCCGGGCCGGGGCGGCUUACGGCGGGGAGCGGGCCUGGGGCCGGGCGGGCUGGCCGGGAGUCUGUUAGUCACGAGGGGAAACCGCCUUUGCUUCCGGCAGCUCGGCCCGCCGUGCCGGGGAUCUCCCGUCGCCCUCCUGCGGCCCGCGCUCUGCCAUGACAAGCAUCGGAGACCUCCCCGAGGACGUGCUGGUGGAGCUGCUGUCGCUGCUGCCCGCCCGGGACCUGCUCCGCACCUGCCGGCUGGUGUGCUCGCAGUGGCGGUACGUGGUGGACCUGACCACGCUCUGGAAGCGCAAGUGCCAGCGCGACGGGUUUUAUCGUCAGAGCUUGGAGAGAAGCAUCUCUGACUGGAAGACCUUCUAUGUGCUCUGCCACUUGAAGAGAAACUUAAUCAAAAACUCUUGUGCUGAAGAGAACUUCCAGCACUGGAGACUUGAUGACAAUGAAGGAGAUAAGUGGAAAAUUGAGGAUCUGCCUGGAGCUCAUGGAAAUGAUAUGCCAGACCCCAGAGUACACAAAUACUUUGUCACUUCAUAUGGGCCAUGUUUCAAGUCUCAACUCAUUACCCUGGAAAAAGAAGGCUAUUGGAAUCAGCUGAUGGAUGAGAAACGGCCUGAAAUUACAGUCAAGGACUGGUACGCUGCCAGGUUUGACUGCGGGUGCCGCUACGAGCUCACCGUGCAGCUGCUCUCCAAAAACCGCGACGUCCUGGAGGAAUUCCAUCCCGAGCCAGUGGUCAUUGAGCAGUGGAGUGAUGCCAAGUGGAGAGAGAUUUCUCACACCUUCCGGGAUUACCCAGCAGGAGUUCGUUACAUCUGGUUCCAGCAUGGAGGCCAGGACACGCAGUUCUGGGCAGGAUGGUAUGGGGUCCGUGUGACAAACAGCAGCAUCACCAUUGGGAUGUGAAGCACUGUGGAAGGGUUUGCUUUUACCUCAGGACUGUAACCAAGUGGUCCCAGCUGCACUGUCUGCCUGUGCUGUCUGGGUGUGUCCUAGCUUUGUCUUGCAGCUCUUGUUCACAGUAGAACUUCAGCAGGCCCAGCCCUUUGGAAUGGUGUUCUGUCUUCAUCUUCCAUUCUCUUCUACCAUGGAUGCUACUCCAAUUAUUGGUGCCCUUCCAGAGAAGAACUGGGACAAUUAAAUAUGAGAUCUAUCCUUUCUAAUUAAUAUAUUCUUAUGCUAACACACACAGUCUUAAAGACACUUUCUUGUUUAUGGAAUGUAGGAUGGAUAAGGCUAAAAUGCUUAAUUUCAGAUUAUCAAUGCUUUCUACAAGCAGAUUGUUUUGUAUGGUAUUUUCUUUCCUGUUUCAGCUUUAAUAUUCAGUUAGAGAUUUAUGAUCUGCAUCAGACCCUUCAUAGCAUCAGGAAACUGUCACUCCUUGUUCCUAAGUGCUGUGUCACUGUAGUGAAUUCCUUAUCCUUUAAGUGUUUAUGAUCAAAAUGGCACCUACCUUCCUAUCCAAAACAGUCCCUUGGUGUUUGAAUAAACAGGUAGAGAAAGAGGAAGUAAAAAGUCCCUUCAGGCAGCUGCCUAACAACAAAAGUGCCUUUUGAUUGUGCUGGGCUAUUCCCACAUCACCUUUGAUUUAUACUGAGCAGUGUAACCCAGUAUAAAAUGUUAAAGCAGUGCCCAGACUUGAUGUGUUCCUACACUUGUUACUUGGAAGAAGCAGGAGGUGCUGGACAGGCUAGUGUACCAAAUUCUCUGACAAAUAAGCUCAGCUUGUUUGAACUGUGUCUCCCACCUGUACAUACCCAGAACUAAUGUUAAGGCCAUGUUCCAUCUCUUCUGACAGGUGUGGGAUUAUUAGUGCUUUCCUUGCUUAUUCUCAGUUAGGAGUAGGAUACUCAGCAGAUGCCCUUGCUGGACAGACAAAUUCCACAUUGC